AGAUGGGUUAGGUGGUAGUACUUUUUUUUUAACCUUUUCAAUUAACUAUAUAAAGGGCCAAUUCACCCUAGAUCACCAUAACGAAUAGCCGCCACAAGUAGGAGUGGUUGAUACUUGAUAGUAAUAACUAAUACACGCACCAUUGUUCUUUGGGACAUUAUCCACACUUUCACUAAACCAUGUCAUCUUCCCAUUCCCAAAACAUGAAAAUAGGCAUAGUGGGUUUCGGCACCUUCGGACAGUUUCUUGCAAAGACAAUUAUAAAACAAGGCCACACUAUAACGGCAACUUCUCGAUCAGAUUACUCCCAUCUCUGCCUCCAAAUGGGUAUCCAUUUUUUCAGGGAUAUGAGUGCAUUCCUUGAUGCUGGGAACGAUGUAAUACUGUUAUGCACAUCGAUCUUAUCGCUAGCGGAAGUUAUGAGGUCAAUGCCACUCACUUGUCUGAAGCGACCAACGCUCUUUGUUGAUGUCCUUUCGGUCAAAGAACAUCCUAGAAACCUUCUACUCCGAACGUUGCCAGGGGAGUUAGACAUACUGUGCACGCACCCAAUGUUUGGACCAAUCAGUGGGAAGGAUGGGUGGAAAGAUCUCACUUUCAUGUAUGACAAAGUUCGAAUUCAAGAUGAAGCCAAAUGCUCUCGUUUCCUCCAAAUUUUUGAAACUGAGGGUUGCAGGAUGGUAGAAAUGUCCUGUGAGGAACAUGAUAAAGCAGCUGCUAGGAGCCAAUUUAUCACACACACAAUAGGCAGGACAUUGGGAGAAAUGGAUAUAAGGUCCACACCUAUUGACACUAAGGGCUUUGAGACACUUGUUCAAUUGAAGGAGACCACCAUGAAAUGUAGUUUUGAUCUGUACAGUGGAUUGUUCACGCAUAACAGAUUUGCCAUACAAGAGCUGGAAAACCUUGAGCAUGCCUUGUUCAAGGUCAAAGAGAUGCUGGUUCAAAUGAUGAAAGAGGAGCAGGGUCAAGAAAAAACUGAAAGUUGAUGUAUUACUUGUACUUGAGCAAAAGAAAUUAUAUAAAAAAAAGAAGUGGAAAGAAAGAAACAAAAGAAAUAGAUACAUUCAAUCACUUGUAAUAAAUAGGUUCCAUUCCCAAUACAUGCUCAGUAAUUUCAAUAUUAGUAAAGCAUACAUUUAUUCCCAAUGCCUGGAAGAAUCCAGCACCAGUUGGUUUUAGAUAACUCAGGUUUUGUUGCUUCACUUCACCCAAAAAUUAAGGGGAAAAAAUGUAGACCUCAAUGUCCCUUUGUGUGCCGAACAUAUAAAGAAAUAAAUUAUAUCUA